AUGACGAAAGUUGUGAGGACAGUCAAGCUAAGGAUGUAUGAAAAUAGUUUGAAAGAAAAAUGUUUUACACGACGAAUAGUGUCGUUCUUAACUCUCAAAAAUACAGCGAAGAUUCAAAAUAUAAUAAUGAAGUGUACAGACGGAAUAAUGUUCUCUCGUUGGUUUCAAAUCAAAUUAUUCUUAAAAAGACUAACAUUACGUACAAUUCAUAGUAUGUCAUCGAAAAUACUACUUGAACAUUUAAGUUGUCUAAAUAAUUAUAUGAUGACAGGUGAGCAUCCCCUCGAACUUAAGUUUACUCAGCCACGGCAGGUGAAGGAGCAACAUAAAUUUCAUAAAAAAAUGAUAGCACAGAGAUGA